AUGCUCGAGGCUAUUGAAGAAAAAGAUACCUACGUAGUAUCUGCUUUAGGCAACGUAGGAACAGGCAAGUCAAGUCUGCUAAACGCGAUUACAGGUGAAUACACUUUUGAGACUGGCGACGGAACAGACGCCAAAACAACUGCAGUAGAAGGAAAAAUUAGCGAAUGGAAAUAUGCACCUUCCAAGAAAAUUUGUCAUUUAAUUGACACACCCGGAUUGAUUGAUUCUAACAUUCAUGAUCGCCAGAGUAUUGGAGAAAUGACCAAAUAUUUCAAGUCACUUCAAAAUGGUGUAAGUGCAUUCUUCUUGGUUUUUAAUAUCAAUGAUAUUAGAUUGGAUGCAUACACUCAAAACAUGCUCGUAUUAUUUCACCAAUUAUUAGGCAAGGAUUUCUGGAAUUUUGUUAUUGUAGUCUUCACACAUGUUGAUGAAGAAUUCAGAGAUGAUUUAGAAGAUAACAUUGACGCUGUUACAGAGAGUGAUGAUGGUUUUGUUGCAGAAAUUAGAAGACUUUACAAGCUCCCAAAAUCGUUUGAACCUUCUGUCAUUUUUACAUCAACUCAAAACGUCAGGUCUAGUUCUUAUACUCAAAGACACAUCCGUGAAUUAUACCAUGCUGUUGGCAUGUGUGAAACACGCAACAGUGGCAAACGCUUCACCUGUAAUUGGUUGAGACAGAUCUUGGUUAUUCCUAAUGAAGAGCAAAAAUCAAACUUUAUUAAAGAUAGUAUUAAAGAAGCGUGGUCUUCUAUGUCAAGUGCUUGUCAAAUGCAAUAA